UUUUUUGUGUUUAAGAGUGUGUGUGUGUAGCAUAUCGAGCAAUUUUAUUUCUGUUUACUGAAAUUUGUUGACUGAAUUCGUAAAUAGGGGAUCAUAAUUUCAAUUGUAAUCAUUAAUGAUAACAAACAUUGACCCUGUCUCAUGUUUUUCGGCCAUUAAAUUUGUUUAAUUUAAUCAAUUCGUUGAAUUUGGUACCACAUAAAAUGAUGUCAACAAAUAUCGACAAAUUGGUUGACGAUUCCCGAAAAAUGGCACUUCGAUUAAGGGACAGAAUUGUAUUGGGAGAUUCAUUGGUAUCUCAGUCCGAAGCUGUCAACGAGAAUCUGGUGACACUGAAACGUCUACAAAACGAAUUCGAUUCCCUGAAUAAAUUGGCCAGGAAAACAACCAACCAACAAUUGGUGAAAACAAUCAACAAUGAGUAUCCGCACAUAAGGGAAAUCCAAAUGGAAAAUCGGGAAUUGCGCGCGUGUUUGAAUGAUCAUCAACGAGCUCUGGAGCAUAUUAUGACGAAAUUUCGACAGCAUACACAGCACACGGUUCUGAACACAAAAUUCGAUUUUUCCGCUGAAGAAAUUCAUUUGCAGAGAGAGCUGAAAGCCAAAUCGGAAGAAAAUGAAAAGAUCUUGGAAAUGGCUGCCAUUAUGCAAAAGGCUGCCAGUUUGAAUGAGGAGAAGGAAAAUGAACAAAUUGGAUUAAUUCAUCGAUUAGCGACCGAAAAUUGUACUCUUCGGCAGCUGCUGCAGAUUGCUGAAAAGGACGGUACGGUGAAGGAUAUGUAACGUAAUUCUAAUUUAUUAAACAAUGAAAAUCAAUUAA